GACACUUUGUUGAGGGUACUUUGAAAGUCUUCGCAGUUCGUGUCUUUAUGUUCUUUGCUUUUUGCUGACUAAACUCUCGAGCUGCUGUGUUCUGGGUUUCUACCUUGUCUGGCUCUAAUUGAAGAUAUAUCUUAAUACUUGUGUAGUUAGGCCUAUUGUGUUAUUAUUUGUUAGGCAGUUGUUGGUGAUCCGAUUUUUCUGGGUGUAUAUUUUUUUUAUAUAAAAAGGAUAUAUAUGGCGGGUCCAGGAGAUGAUGAUGAGCAUGAUCCAAUUCUUGACGAUAGCAUAGAAGCUGAAGCAAAAACUCAGACUUGUGUUGGUGGUGGUAGUGGUGAGAGAGAUAUGGCUCCUUCUGCUCCUGGGCCUUCUAUUCACAGAUCUGGCUCUAGACCUCAACUUGAUCUGAGCAAAGCUGAGAUUCAGGGCAAUUUCGAGGAGAGAGAUCCCACCAUUCUAUUGCCUAAUCAAUCUGAUGAUAUCUCUCAUCUGGCACUUGAUAUUGGUGGAUCUUUGAUAAAGUUGCUGUAUUUCUCACGGCAUGAGGAGGACUACUCAAACGAUGAUGAUAAGAGGAAGAGGACCAUCAAGGAGAGGUUGGGUAUUACCAAUGGCAACUUGAGAAGCUAUCCUGUUCUUGGUGGCAGACUUCACUUUGUCAAGUUUGAGACUCACAAAAUAAACGAGUGUUUGGAUUUUAUUCAUUCUAAGCAGCUUCAUCGCCGAGAUCCUUACCCUUGGAGUUCGAAGACCCUGCCUUUGGGGACUGGUGUUAUCAAGGUCACAGGUGGAGGGGCCUAUAAGUUUGCAGACUUGUUCAAGGAACGUCUAGGCGUUAGUAUUGAGAAAGAAGAUGAAAUGCAUUGCCUUGUCUCUGGAGCUAAUUUUUUACUCAAGGCUAUUCGACAUGAAGCCUUCACGCACAUGGAGGCUGAGAAAGAAUUUGUACAGAUAGAUCCCAAUGACUUGUAUCCCUAUCUUCUUGUUAACGUUGGUUCUGGUGUCAGCAUAAUCAAGGUUGAUGGGGAAGGAAAAUUUGAACGUGUGAGUGGGACAAAUGUUGGUGGCGGUACCUAUUGGGGCCUAGGAAAACUUCUAACCAAGUGCAAGAGUUUUGAUGAAUUGCUAGAACUCAGCCAAAAGGGAGACAAUAGUACCAUUGACAUGCUUGUUGGUGAUAUCUAUGGUGGCAUGGAUUACUCCAAGAUUGGCCUCUCUGCUUCAACAAUAGCUUCUAGUUUUGGCAAGGCCAUCUCUGAAAACAAGGAGCUGGAAGAUUACAGACCUGAAGAUAUCUCCUUGUCUCUUUUGCGGAUGAUCUCAUACAAUAUUGGGCAGAUAUCAUAUUUGAACGCCCUUCGCUUUGGGUUGAAACGAAUAUUUUUUGGAGGAUUUUUCAUAAGGGGUCAUGCUUAUACCAUGGACACAAUUUCAUUUGCUGUGCAUUUCUGGUCGAAAGGUGAGAUGCAAGCUAUGUUCUUGAGGCAUGAAGGCUUUCUUGGUGCUCUUGGUGCGUUCAUGAGCUACGAGAAGCACGGAUUGGAUGAUUUAAUGUCACACCAGUUGGUUGAGAGGUUCCCAAUGGGUGCACCAUACACUGGAGGAAAUAUCCAUGGACCACCACUCGGUGAUCUUAACGAGAAGAUAUCGUGGAUGGAGAAGUUUGUGCGUAGAGGAACUGAAAUAACUGCGCCUGUACCGAUGACUCCAUCGAAAACAACUGGCCUUGGAGGGUUUGAUGUUCCCUCAUCAAGAGGUAGUCCUCUAAGAUCUGACGCCAGUGCUUUAAAUAUUGGCGUUCUCCAUUUUGUGCCCACGCUAGAGGUGUUCCCUUUGCUGGCUGACCCCAAAACGUAUGAGCCUAACACGAUUGACUUAUCAGACCAAGGCGAACGAGAGUACUGGCUCAAAGUUUUGUCUGAGCAUUUGCCAGACCUAGUUGAUACGGCUGUGGCAAGUGAAGGAGGAACUGAAGAUGCGAAAAGGCGCGGUGAUGCUUUUGCUCGUGCUUUUUCUGCUCAUUUGGCAAGAUUGAUGGAAGAGCCAGCGGCAUAUGGAAAGCUGGGGCUAGCAAAUCUCUUGGAACUUAGGGAAGAAUGCUUAAGGGAGUUUCAGUUUGUUGAUGCCUAUAGAAGCAUCAAGCAAAGGGAGAACGAGGCAUCACUUGCUGUCUUACCUGAUUUACUAGAGGAGCUUGAUUCAAUGAAUGAGGAGGCGAGGUUGCUUACACUAAUAGAAGGUGUUCUUGCUGCAAACAUAUUCGACUGGGGAUCUAGAGCAUGUGUAGAUCUAUACCGCAAAGGAACCAUUAUUGAAAUAUACAGAAUGAGUCGUAACAAGAUGCAGAGACCCUGGAGGGUAGAUGAUUUUGAUGCUUUCAAAGAAAGGAUGCUUGGGACUGGAGGUAAGCAGCCUCAUCGACAUAAAAGAGCGUUACUCUUUGUUGAUAACUCAGGAGCUGAUGUCAUUCUUGGGAUGCUUCCUCUUGCCAGAGAGUUUCUUCGCCGUGGGACUGAAGUUGUUCUGGUGGCAAACUCUCUUCCUGCUCUUAAUGAUGUGACUGCUAUGGAACUUCCUGAUAUAGUAGCCGGGGCUGCUAAGCACUGUGACAUCUUGAGGAGAGCGGCAGAAAUGGGAGGCUUACUUGUGGAUGCGAUGGUAAAUCCAGGAGAUGGGUCGAAGAAGGAUUCAACCUCAGCACCGUUGAUGGUUGUUGAAAAUGGAUGUGGAAGUCCUUGUAUUGACCUCAGACAAGUCAGCUCCGAGCUUGCAGCUGCUGCCAAAGACGCCGAUCUUGUUAUUUUGGAAGGUAUGGGAAGAGCUCUUCACACAAACUUCAACGCUCAAUUCAAAUGCGAGUCUCUCAAGCUAGCAAUGGUUAAGAAUCAGAGAUUGGCUGACAAGCUGAUAAAGGGAAACAUAUAUGACUGUGUUUGCAGAUACGAGCCUCCCUCUGUUUCUCAAAUGUAACCAAAAACUGAAAGCGAACCAAGAACUGAAUCGAGUUGUAAUACAAUUUAAGAACAAGGUCUGAGGAUUGAUAAUGCAAUACAAUAAUACAAACAAACAUACGCAAUACACAUGUUUUUCCUUA